AUGGCCAAGACGUUCGCCCGAGAGCCGCCCGACCUCAUUCCCGGCCCCACUUCCAUGCCCAUCGUUCUCAGAAACCAGACCGCCUCACCUCUGCUCCGACUCUCCGGCGAGCUCCGCAAUCACAUCUUCGAGCUAGCCCUCGACCUGGGAAGUGGCCACAUCCUUCAUGACGACCACAACGACUGGAACCGUGAGGACUUCACCAAUACCUGUCACCAAAUCUACUCUGAAACAGCCCGCACCUACUACAAGCAAAAGCUCCAGCCGCUUUCCGAGAACGGUGUAUCGUUUGGUCGUUCUGUGAAAGUCAGGGCUACAGUCGCUAUCCUCACGCCAUCACAAAGAAGCUGCAUCGAUAAGGCAUUCUUCAUUGCGACCCAAGUCAGUCAGCUUGUAAAGGUUUCCAAAUAUCUGGUAUUCGAUUUGCCAAAUUUGAGAAAGAUCACUGUCAGGGACGACAUCGAGGACCCUCAAGACAAUCAGAAACGUCUCUGGGCACAACUUAACUUACAAAAAUGGGGUUGGUAUCGAGGGUACGUAUUACACGUGUACGAGAACGCAGAUUGGGCAUGCCUUUUGGAGAGUGUCCCAGACACCUGCAUUGUGGGGUGGCGUUAA